CGGUUCCGUCUAGUUAUCCAUGGUGCGCGUUCUCGCUAGCGUGGCUGCGUUUUACAUGUUGUGUGGAGUUCAGGCUGCUCCCACUGAUAAGGCUACUGUUAAGGAGACCACUCGCUCGACAGCUGCUACUUCCGAUGCCCUCAUUACCUUCGAUGCCUUGAAGAGUGUGGCCUAUCAGACUGGUGUUUAUUGGGUGGAUUUUGCCAAGUUCUCUCGAGAUACUGCGGUAUCGAUGUUAUCUAAGGGCAUGCAGGUGAAGUACAACGAAGUGGUCCGUGACGGCAAUAAGUACUAUGCUCAAGCUAAGGACGUGUACUACGCUGAAGUGGCUCCGAAGAUUAAUUCCAUCAUCGAUGCGGGUGUUACUAGUGCUAAGAAGAUGUACAGUUUUGUCAAUGAGAAGCAGAAGUCUCUCAGUACUGCCAACCUCAAGAUUUUACACGCGGCUUACCCUGGCACAAGAGGGGUCGUUGGUUCUGAGCUGGCGGAUAGGCUCGUGUUCAUCUUCUUGAGCAUGACCUUGUUCAGCUGGGCUGUUUAUCUGUUAAAGCUGCCCUUCCAAUGUUUGGGGUAUAUGCUCUGUCCUAGACGAGCGAAGAAGAGUGUCCGCUCGGGCGUGGCAGGUCAAAGUGAGAAGGCUAAAGCUCAGCAUGGGAAAGGUUCCCCUACUCCGACUAAGAAUUUCAAGGGUAAGAAGCAAAACUGAAUAAGUCUAUGUCAAGGAAAUCACGAAAUCAAAACAACUCGAUAGUAUCCUAUACAAUCGCGGGCAUUGAUCCUGUUAUUAAUGCUCGUACUGUUGGUGAUGCUGUUGGUCAUUGUUGAUG